UAACCUUUAAAGCGCUUUACAGUUUCUAGCUGAUGUCAACAACACAGUUCGUCCUGAAAUGACCUGUUUGUUAUAAGAAAGUGUGUGGUGUCAGUUGCGGUUAUUGUGUUAUUUCGCCUUUAUCAGAAGUGUAAAUAAUUUUUUGAAGAUGAGGCUUAUUCUUACUAUGACUUUAUAUAAUAGUUGUGGCGUGUGGAUAUUAUUAUCUUUAUUUUGUGCUGUUAUUUCGUUUCUUUCUUCUGAACCAAAAUUGAGUGAUCAUUGUUUCUGUAAACUGAAAGGGAGAAUAGAUGAUUGCAGCUGCAGUGUGGACACAGUUGACCACUUCAACAACAUGAAGGUGUUUCCAAGGUUACAGUCUCUCCUCAACAAGAACUAUUUCCGGUUCUACAAGGUGAAUUUGAAGCAUGAAUGCCCCUUUUGGUCUGACGACAGCCGAUGUGCAAUCCGCUACUGCCAUGUGGAACCUUGUUUGGAAGCAGAUAUCCCGCCUGGUCUGAAAGGUGUCUCUUCGAAGAAUGCUGCCACCAUUAAAGAAAGUACGAAUUUUAAGUAUUCGCAGGCAGCGCAGAAUGUGGCAUGCGAGCAUGAAUUCAGCAGAGAACUGGGAUAUCUGAACACCACUAUCAGUGCAGACGCGUACAGGGAGUUUGCGCGCUGGAAGGCGCACGACGACGCCCGGGACAGCUUCUGCGACAGCGAGGAUGACCACGAGGACGCGGAGUACGUGGACCUGCUCCUCAACCCGGAGCGCUACACGGGCUACCGCGGCGAGCCCGCCCACCGCGUCUGGCACAGCAUCUACAUGGAGAACUGCUUCCGGCCCAAGAACACCUACGGGGCCUACAUCCAGUCCUCCAAGCUCAGCGGCAUGUGUCUUGAGAAAAGGGUAUUCUAUCGCACAAUUUCUGGUCUUCAUUCAAGUAUUAAUAUUCAUGCUGUCUCCAAGUAUCUUCUGUCUGACAACACCUCCCUGCUGGGGAGCCCGGAGGGCAAGUGGGGCCCCAACCUGCAGGAGUUCCACCGCAGGUUCGACCCGGAGCGCACCGACGGGGAGGGCCCGUCCUGGCUGAGGAACCUCUACUUCCUGUACCUGCUGGAGCUGAGGGCCCUGGCCAAGGCAUCUCCCUUCCUGGAGCGCGAGGAGUACUUCACCGGCAACGAGGCGGAGGACGAGGAAGUGCGGCUCGCAGUCAGGAACUUCCUCUCCGUCGUCAGGUCAUUUCCUGAUCACUUUAAUGAAAGCUCGAUGUUUUCUGGUGGAAAGCAGGCACGCAAGUUGAAGGAAGAGUUCCGCCAGCACUUCCGGAACAUAUCGCGCAUCAUGGACUGUGUGGGCUGCGACAAGUGCAAACUGUGGGGAAAGCUGCAGAUACAAGGCUUGGGCACAGCGCUGAAGAUUUUGUUUUCGGGCAAGUUUGACUCCAUGGACCCUUUUGGGAAUGAUCUGAGUGAUGUUUCCAAGAGCAAGUUCCAGCUUAAGAGAGGUGAAAUAGUGGCACUCUUCAAUGCUUUUGGAAGGCUCUCGACGAGCAUAGUGGAGCUGGAGAAGUUCCGCGAGAUGAUGAGGUAACCUGACGAGAAAGAUGCGCAGCACGAACGAUCAAGCCGGAAACUAUACAUCACAUAGUAACCAAAAAAAACAAACAAAA